AUGUCGUCGAGGCCCCGUCUGCGCCGCAAGAUUUGGGGCCCUGCAGAUGUCCUUCUCCUCCUGGUCACGACUGUACUGGCCCUGAGUCACGUCUGGUCCUUGUCGCCGUUUUCCACCUCUUACCGACAAGCAAGAGACAUCUUCAGACUUACGAGCUUACCCAUAGGAGCUCCAUCUGCUUCACUUCGCAGUAGGACAAGCACACUUACUCCUCACGAUCUUGGACUGCAGAGCUUCGCUGCUAUGGCAGAUCAUGAAGAUCCCAACGACGGCGAUGCGAUCGAGCGACUGCUGCACCGAUUAAGCAGUAUGGCCGGUAGACAAACGUACCUGCUGCUUGGGCCGGUCCCCCUCUUGGAGUGUCAUUACUGCAAGCAGCCCUUGGAUCUGACCUUGUACGCCCUAGUCAGGGUGCUCACAGACUAUGCAAUACACUUCUUGGCUUUAGGCUUCCUUACGUGCUCUUCUGCCUCAAUGAACAGGAUAGAUCAAGGCUUCGCUCCUCUAUGGAGACCGCAUCCGAUCGAAGCCUCGAGGCCCGUGCUGUCGGCAUCAAGACUCAAUUCACGACACUGGAGGGGGCCAGCAACGGUGUUACUCUCGCUACUCGUCAGCUUGGAGAGCGCCGUCACCUUUGGCCUGCUGGGGUGGGAGGAACGGCAGACCAGCUGGUGGAAUCAUUGGCAUCACAAUGUGUUCUUAGUGCGGCACAUCUUUCUGCUGAUUCUCGUGGCUCUGAUCUACCUUUACCCGACCACCACCAAUCCCCGCGGCUCAGGUUCUCUACGGAUUGCAACGGCGCUGGGAGCCACUCGCGAUGCUCUGACUCGCACCACUUCGAACGUUGCUUUGGUUCGGGCGGGCAGAGAUGCGGUAUGGCAGGACACUCCCUUACGCUCGAAAGUCGUAGAUUAUUACGCUACGCAAGACAGCGACGUGGGGGAAGAGGUACUCGCUGAAGCAGCGCGAAGAGGUGUCCUGAAACCUGGCGCUCGGACGCAAGCAUCAGGCCUGGUACUGACGAAAGUAGAAGAAUUAGCUAGGUCUGCACCAGCGAGUGACACAGAAAAGUAG